AUGAGGACUGCUGCACAUGUUUGGCUGUUCUGGACAUUUUGGGGGCUCAGGGUGGAUGGGUCGGCGUCUUACGGACUUAACGACUCCUCUCUUUUGGGAGAGAUAGUCAAGGAGACAGAGCGCACCAACGUCUCAACUCCAGAAAACCUGUCCUCGAGUUUCUACAUUGUGGGCUUUGACGAGGGGAGGCUGGCUGACUGGUACUCUCUGGCCGGGAAAAAGCGCUACGGCGGGGAGUCACACACCGGAACCAUAAAAGCCUUGCUGAUCGCUGCUUACUGCCUUAUAAUUGUAGUUUCUUUAUUCGGGAACACUCUGGUGUGUCACGUCGUGAUGAAAAACAAACGAAUGCAGUCCGCCACUAGCUUGUUCAUUGUGAACCUCGCCGUUGCUGACAUCCUCAUCACCGUCCUCAACACCCCAUUCACCCUGGUCCGCUUUGUGAGCAGCACCUGGGUGUUUGGGAGAGGUAUGUGUCACAUCAGCCGCUUUGUGCAGUAUUGUUCCCUGCACGUCUCCACGCUCACACUCGCCGCAAUAGCAGUGGACCGACGGCAGGUGAUUUUGCAUCCUAUGAGACCACGCAUGUCCCCAGCGCAAGGUGGUGUGUGGGUAGCAGCCAUCUGGAUAAUGGCCACCUGCUUUUCUCUCCCGCAUGCCAUCUACCAAAAACUCCUCACUUUUGCAUACAGCCCGGAGAAGGAGCGCAGUCUAUGCGUCCCAGACUUCCCGGACCCCUCGGACUUGCACUGGCAGUACAUCGACCUCUUUACCUUCAUCCUAGUCUAUGCACUGCCGCUCCUCAUCAUCACUGCAGCCUACACAACAGUAGCCCGUCGACUUUGGCGCCGCAACACUAUCGGUGACACCACAACGGCCCAGCAUGCCACCCAGAGACGAAAGCGCCGGCGGACUUUGGCUAUGCUGCUCUUGGUUGUCGGAGUGUUUGCCAUCUGCUGGUUGCCCCUCAACUGUUAUGUGGUUCUGCUUUCUAGCCAGGCAAUUCACUCCUCCAAUGUCCUUUACUUCUGUUUUCACUGGCUAGCAAUGAGCUCCACUUGCUAUAACCCUUUCAUCUAUUGCUGUCUAAACCCUAUCUUCCGCCAAGAGCUUAGGGUACUAUUUAGCAUAUGCAGAAGAAGAAGGCAGGUAAGAGUAGGGGAUGUGCCAGAUAACCACGCUGCCACUGCCUUUGCUCCUCACCACAGAACAGCCUGCCCCGACAACCACGAGUCCUCCAGACCGAGUCAUGUGUCCUCACAGCCUAGCCAUGCCUGUUCACAGCAGAGCCACCCAUCAUCCAAUAAGUUGCACAGCCUUGAAGAUACGCAUAUCCUGUUCAGUGCCAGACAGGUGCUCUCAGGCAGAAAUGACAUUGUCUCAGUACAACCUAUUGAAGCUGUGAUCUAA